GAAGUUCAACAGAUACCAGAAGUUCUGUAUCAUGAACUGCGCAUGUGAUGGAGUAUGGACACGUCAAAAAGCGAAGGAGAAAGGAUACCUAACGGACGGCAAGUGCGAGUGUGGGGACGAGGACACGCUGGUGCAUAGGCUGGCGGAGUGCACUCGUCCAGAAGUCGUGGAAGCACGACAUGAAGCUGGAAUCCCCGAGUCGUUCCUUCAGGAGCUACGCCAAGCGCCAGAUGAUCGUGUCGUCACCCAAGGGGCCUUCGCAUAUCCUGAGUGGGAAAUUCCUGAAAUGCAACUAGGCACUGGCAGCGUGAUUCUCGACGGUGAUGGCAACGAUUUCGAUUGCACGCCCGAGACCAUGGCUGCGACAGUGCUGGCUGAGACGGAUUUGGAGAUGGAGCUUUCUUUCGACGGGAGCUGCGCGAAGCCAGAUAUCCUGGAGCUACAACGUGCUGGAUGGGCUAUCGCUUUAAUGGAUCCACACUCGGACAAAGUACUAUGUACGAUGCACGCACCAGUGCCAGCUUCGCUUCCGCAAUCCUCGGCGAUGGCAGAGUAUUUAGCCUACGCGUACACAGGACAGGUGGCAGACCGACCUACCAACGGAUACGCGGACUUCAUGGGCACGGUCAGACUGGCGGCUCUCACGCACGAGCAGCAGUUACGGUCCAAGUCGGCAUACGCGUGCGUGGCCAUGUUUGCUCAGAGCCUACCUGGAUUCCAUUUCCUCCGCAGUGUGACGCACGUGAAGGCACACCGUUCGGGAGCGGAGUAUGCUGGCCUGGAUGUGGCCACAAGGAGGAUCACAUAUGCCAAUGUCUAUGCGGACGUUCGGGCCAAAGCUGGUGCGGCGAUGCAUGCAACCAUCAGCGAGGAUUUCGCGAUGGCUAUCGACACGGCCACUGUGAGGAUCAAGCAUUUCGCGCAGUUGGUGGCGGCCGUGCUACCCUUGUUUGAUCGUGAUGGGCAAGAGCGAUGGACAAGGCGAGCUGCCCAAGUCAAGAGGGUAAGGAGUACGCGCGCCGAUGGAUGGCACCAGUGGGAGGAAGGAAGCUUCGGUCUUCAAUGCAUCGCGUGCUUGAAGCUCAACAGCCCAGGGAUGGAAGUUACGCUCAAUGGCUGCGCUGGCACCCCUACCUUCCUCAAGGCUUUCCUCAACCAACCACUCGGACAUCACCUCGUGGCGGUGAACCAGAAGGGUGGCGGGCUCAGCGACGACGCGGUUCCCACGGUCUUUGUCUGCGUAGGCUGCGGUGCAUGGGCACAACAACGCCGACGGCAGAAACUCCGAAGGCAGUGCAAGCCACCAACCAGACAAGGCAUAGAAGUUCUGACGAAUCUACGGCGGGGCUUAGGCCCACACAAGACGCUGGCGAGGCAUAUGGACUUGACGACCCCCCUGUGCAAGCUCAUGCCCAAGACCCUGCCCCCGCUGGUCUCGAAGACCUGUGUCAGCCGACCUGUGGCGUUGGCGGAGGUCACGGGGCACGAGCACAAGAUGGCAGCAAUGAUGGAAAGGCACAUCAGUGUCGCCACGUCAAUGGAAUGCCCCCCGUGGUACAACAGCAUGGCGAUCACCUACCCGCAGCCGCUGAAGACGGAGUCGGUGAUGAUGACGGUGCACGCUGCAGCCGAGACGGAAAGGAGGCAGGAGCAGGGCCUCAUCCGAGCAGCGAAGGUGGAAAGGAGGCAGGAGCAGGGCCUCAACCACAUGACGGAGACGUCGGUCUCGCCAGGGACCGCGUCGGAAAGGGGGCAGGAGCAGGGCCCCAGCCGAGCGGUCGCGGCGGAAAGGAGGCAGGAGCAGGGCCUCAACCGCAUGAUGGAG